UUAUGUGACUAUUUGAAUGAGAAAGCAACUAUCUAGGGUGGGCUAACUGCUCUGCCAUUUCUUUUUAAAUGAAUCUUUGGAUGCCCUGAAAUAGAUGGGGCCUUCUUCCCCUUACCUGGGACUCACUCAGACGGCAAACAGGAUGGCCUGGAAUGGGAAUUCUACUUCGAUGGGUUUCCAAAGCCUGGGCAAGGUGGCAACAUCCACCUCUCAGGGCCAGGGGUGAGAAUCAAUCUUAAUGCUAACAUUUGGUGGGCCACUAAUAGGCUGACGUGGAAUCACUUUAUUGGAGCCUUCCCCUGACUGAUCAGCUCCAGAAGUAGGCUGGUGUCCGAGAAAAGGACCAAAUGGAGGCACGCCCUACUUUAUCAAUUCAAAGAUCAGGUGCAAAGCAGCUUAGUAACAUGGGGAUUUCUGGAGCACUGUCUUCAUCUUUACCAGUCCUUCCAGCCCCUUUGCAAGAGACAUAUCCGAAGUUGCCAGACUCUCAACACAUUUAUAUGGAAAGAGAACUUGUGAAAAGGCCUUUUAACCAUGCAAGUCAUUUACCCUCUGAUAGUGGAGUGGCUGGUCACAUGUUUUCAUCAUCCCCAGGAUUUUCAUCAGAUCUUCAUUACUCAUCUCUUUCGUCCCAUGAAGAGCAUUCUAAAAACUCUCCUUUUAUUUCUCGGUCAUCAACUAUGCGAGGAGCUUUUCCAUUGACAUACACUUCUCAUUCGAUAUCUGUUCAAUCUACAAAAUCAAGUCAUUAUGCCGAAGAAAACUCUGCUUCCUGGAAUACUGAUUCACUUCCAAGUUUUCUUGAUUUUCCUGUAAAUACCUUUAUUGAGAGUAGUCAGGUAGAAAGCAGUGCGUGUAAUACUGUCCUGCCAUCUGAGGAAUUUGGUAAAUGGGCAGACCAGCUAAUUUCCGAUGACGUUGCAAAUUGGAAUGAGCUUCUUGGAGACACCAAUGUUACAGAUUUGGAAUCAAAGAUGGCAUGCCAGGUGUCCAAACCAUCUCCAAAUUUUCAAGCACAUGAGUCCCAAGUUCAUCAGCAGCUUCCUGUACCAUCUGGAGAAAUUCGUGCUAUUGCUACUCCCACUUCCUCGGCAAAUAGUGCCACAGCCAAGCCACGCAUGCGCUGGACACCAGAACUUCAUGAAGCCUUUGUGGAGGCUGUCAAUAAACUUGGUGGUAGUGAAAAAGCUACUCCAAAGGGUGUGCUGAAGUUCAUGAAAGUUGAAGGAUUGACCAUCUAUCAUGUGAAAAGCCAUUUGCAGAAAUAUCGGACAGCCAGAUACAGACCAGAUUCUUCAGAAGGAUCCUCAGAGAAGAAAUUGACUCCGAUUGAAGACAUAUCAACUCUUGACUUGAAAACGGGUAUCGAGAUUACCGAAGCUCUGCGAUUGCAGAUUGAAGUUCAGAAGCGGCUUCAUGAACAGCUGGAGAUUCAAAGGAAUCUACAGUUGCGAAUAGAAGAACAAGGAAGGUACCUCCAAAUGAUGUUUGAGAAGCAAUGCAAGCCUGGCAUGGACAAGCUGAAGACAUCAGCAUCUACUACUUCACAGAACCCCCCUGUUCCAUCUUCGGAUGCAGUUCCAGAUUCCCCUACCAAAACUGAACUAAAAGCCUCCCAGUUAGACCAUAAAACAGGUGCUGAGCCAGUCAAUGCCAACACUGGGUUGGAAGAAACCUCGUGGGAGCUGGGUGGGAAAGAAAAGGCACCUGAACAAGAAGCUCCUCAGGAUUUUGAACCAGAUGAAUCUAGUUCUCAACCCUCAAAGCGUCCAAGAACGGAUGAAUAAUAAGCCAUAUGAUCAACUUCCUGUACAUGAUCAGUAUUGGACUGACAAGACUGUACUGAUUAAUGGAAUAUUUUAUUCUUUAGAGUGAGACAGACAUAGCUGACUGAUGGAUAGAGCUUUGGGACUUACAUAUACUAUCUUAUUCUAAAGAAAAAUUUGCAGAUGCAGUAACAAAGUUGAGUAAAGUUUUGAUCAGUGUUAAUCUUCGACCAUGUCAGUUGUACUGAUCUUUUGAGUUGAGCAAGGAUGGAUGAUGGUGCAUGAUGAA